AUGAGAAUCAAGUGCAUAUAUGAGAUUAAAGCUCAGACUCAAACUCCUCCAUUUAAAAUCAACAAUGACAGUGAUCUGAGGCUUUAUCUGAUGGGCGAAGAUGUGGCUAAAGUCCCUCUGUACAUCUCAUUUCAACCUAGAUGUAGAGGUUUAACGGAAGGAAUCAAUGAGAAUAAUAAAGGUGAAAAACUUUGUUACAAAUCUAUUUCUGAGAGCAAUCAAGUUGAAGAUUUAAAUCCAAAUGUAUUGAUACCAAUGGAUGCAUUAUAUGAUAUUACAGUUCCAUUUGGCUGGGUUGAUGAGAGAAAUGAGACCAGUAGAUGGGAAUCUUAUGAUUCACAUGACGAUAACCUUCCAUUGAAUUCUUUUGAUGAUCGAGAUGGUAAGAAUUACUUCAAUUGGGAAUCAUACAAUAACUCACAAGAAAGAAAUGAAAAUGUAGAUUGGGAAGCUCUUAUGGAGACUAAAUGUGAUUAUGUUCCUAAAGUAGAUCGUAAAGUCAACUAUGAAUCUAAAUCAACAAGACAGAAGACAUACAUGGGAAAAACUGUUUCGUUGGAGGGAAGAUCUACAAAUGAUGAAUUUGAGGUUGGAAAUUUAUUUUUUAACAAGAGGGAGUUGUUUAUGAAAUUGAGUAUUAUGGCAAUGAACAGAAAUUUCGAAUUCAGAGUAAAGAAGUCUACGAAACAGAUAUUUUAUGUUACAUGUACUGAUAAUAAUUGUAAGUGGAGAAUGCGAGCAGUCAGAUUGGAUGGUUCAGAAAUAUUCAAGAUAUCAAAGUAUGUGAACUUUCAUUCAUGUUCACUUCAUAUUUUGAAUCAUGAUCAUAGACAAGCUAAAGCUUGGAUAGUUGAAGAAUUAAUAAAAUCUAAAUAUAGUGGAAUUGGUCGCCAAUGCAAGCCAAAAGAGAUCAUAGAAGACAUGAGACAAGACUACGGGAUCAAUAUGAGUUAUGAAAAAGCAUGGCGUGCGAGAGAAUUUGCAUAUAUGCGAGUAAGGGGAUCACCUGUAGAGUCAUAUAAUCUAUCGCGUCGAUAUGGUGAAGCACUGAAGUUGGCCAAUCCAGACGACAAUAAUCAAAUUUAUCUCAUUGCUUUUGGAAUUGUUGAUAGAGAGACAGAUAAUUCCAUAAAAUGGUUUUUGGAAAAGCUAAAAGGAGCAAUAGGUGAGUUUAAGGACCUAGUUUUUGUUUCAGAUCGAAAUAGUAGCAUAUCGAAGUCUAUUGCUUCCGUGUUUCCCAAUGCAUUUCAUUGUAUUUGCAUUCACCAUUUGAAGCAGAAUUUGAAUGCUAAGUUCAAGAAUGAAACAAUUGAAUAUUUGUUUGUCAAUGCUGCUAAAGCCUAUCGAGAGUCAAAAUUUAGGGAGUUUUGGUCGAGUAUCACAACAUUUGAUAAUGGCGUGGGUACAUAUUUGGAAGAAGUUGGACUUUCACGUUGGGCACGUACGCAUUGCCCCAAAAGACGGUACAAUAUGAUGACUACAAAUAUAGCAGAGUCCAUGAAUGCUCUACUAAAGGAAGCUAGAGAAUUACCUGUUACUCCAUUACUUGAACAUGUGAGAGCUUUGUUACAAAGGUGGUUUUGGGAGCGUCGUGAUGAAGCCUCAAAAUUAACAUCCACGUUGACGAAAUGGGUAGAAGAAAUUGUUUAA